AUGCACGAAAAUACAUCCUAUGCAGUGAACGCGUCUAUCACAUCCAUUGCCAUUCAUGGUCGCCUUGGUAUGGAUGGGUCCGGUACUCAAUCCACAGUAUCUUCGCUAUUGGAGCGAAGGCCUCCCUGGAGUAUACUCGAGAGGGACCGAAAUUGGCCCAGGACAGAAAAGCGAGCAUCACUGGACUCCGCGACCGUUCCACGGAAUCGACAAAAUCCAAGCGCGGAGAAACGUGUUAACUGA